AGAAUUCACAGAAUUUUCUGUUCGUUUCCGGAUCUUUCAUUCGGGUUCUUCCUCUGUUUUGCUAGCUUGUCGUGAUAUCUGGUAUUUUUGUAGGACGGGUAACUAAAUUGUUCUUUGAUAUCAUUUGUUUUAGCUCCUACAUUUUUAAUAUGUUUACUUUUUCCCGUUAAAAACUAUUAUGCUAUAUUUACCCCAUCUAUAUCUGUAGGCUAUAUCUCUGCAUAUGUCUGGAAUUAGUGCACGCUUUUAUAGUGUAGGUAUAUUGCCUUGGAAAUCCCUUCAAUGUUUAUAACUGGCCAAUGAUUGUGUGCACCAGUUCAUAUUUUAAGAAACGUGUAUCCUGAAUGUAUAUAAUAAUAGAUGACAGUUCUGAUUAAUCUUUCAACAAUCAAGCUUUGUUUUUCAACGUGAGUAAGGUCUUAGAGUUUGGCAUGUCUGUGGUGAUUGAGUCGUUGGCAAAACGCGUCCUUGAUUAAAAGAAGUGUUGAAUAUUAACUGUGGCCUAAACUCGCAGAUUGUUUUGGCCUCCCAAUGAUCAAACACUCGAUGGCAGUGCCGGGCAGACACUGUUUGGUCAAUUGCCCUCUCAAAGCGCUUAGCGCGCGGCAAGUUUACAGACCACAGUGUUAUUUAACCAUCUCGUUGCGGUCGAAAAUAUCGAUAACCUCUCCCACUUGUAUAAGAGCCCGAAAGAAAGCUCACGUUAUUCGCAUUUUUUUCUUCAAAGAAUAAAAUAUGACAAGCGCCCAUUUAAAUAUAUCCCAUGUAAAACAUCAAUCUUAAUCUAAGAUAACCAUCUUCAAUUUAAUCCGGGUUCAGUUAAUAUAUCAAUACCAACGAACAACAGUGUGUGUGCAUUUUUUUUUCAUUUAUAUCUAUAUCGCCAUCACAAUUAUUAACGUUUUUUUCAAAGUUACACCUCAAACAGUGUACUUCUAAGAUAACAAUAUUUCCCACGGAGUAUGAAGAUCUUAGUGAUUAUUGUUGCUUUUUCAUGCUAAGCUUCUGCUCGUCUCUCUUAUCUGUCUGGUGCAUUUAUAGUGAACUCAUCCAGAUUUAACUGGCCAUAAAAUCUAUCCUGUGUCUCUCAUUCAAAAGCCCAGAUUAUUUUACUGCGAUGUUUUUAUUUUACAAGACAUGUAAACCAUACUCCUGACAUCAUAAUAGAAUCGGCAGUGCGCAAAUUAAUCCAUUUUACUUUAAGUAAACUGUGGUUGCAGGAAAACUCAGAAAAUAUUCUUGAUUUCCCCAGUACAUUUAAAACACGGGUGUUACACCGCGUCUUUUUUUUUAAAGCGUGGAAUUUAGUCCUGUAAAAUUAUCCGAUUAAUCAGAUUUUCUAAACGUUAUCUUUGUCUUAUACUAAAACCAAAGUUAGAAACAUUUCAAGCAAAGGCAGGUCUCCCAGGUAGACUCCGAGCGCAGUUGGUCAUACCCCCUCCUCCCCACCACACUCACUCCUAUACCCCCUCCGUCCCAUCCCUUCUUCCUGCAGUCCGCCUCUCCUCCUCCACGGGUCCUACCUUUGGAGUGCGUCACGUGGUCCCGCUCUUACAAAUAACUCGAAGUAAAGUAAAGACCGAAUCAGAGAACAGUUAUAUGAGGCAUUAUCAGCCUCCACGGCUAUUUUCUGAUACCGAGUAGGCACAGUGACAAGUCGCAGCACACAAGGAAAACGCGUAGCUUUGCCUUUUAACGUAUGCCUUUGGUAGAUUUCUGCGGUCUUAACGAUAUCUUUCCUUGGACUAAGAAGAGACCAUAGAGAAGGGGAACCUUCAUUGGAGCUGCUCCUCAAUCAAGUCACUUGAAAAACAGGGAUACUAACUUUAUCACCGACCGUCCUUAUCUGGAAGGUGUUCGAGACGGGUGUUCAAGAACCUACUGAACGGAAGAUUUGGCACGAAACUUCACUUUCACUGAUAAUUGCACUGAGAUUUUUUUUUGCUUUUCUUCCUACGGAGAGUUUAGAUUUUUGUGCUCAGAAUGUAUUCAAGUUUGGCCUUAUCCUCCAACCCCUCCCCUUACGCGCACGAUACCGGGAACUACAUGCAUCCGUCGGCAAGUUCACCUGUAUAUGUGCCCACCACACGCGUACCUGCUAUGCUGCAAACGCUGCCUUACCUACAAACAUGCGAAUCCACCCAUCAGACGCACGGCCUUGGAAACCACCACGCCUGGCCCCAAACUGGCACAGACAGCGCUUCGUUCAAUCCGGGCAGUCCACAUCCCCCUCCCGGGUUCUCUUAUACGCACAGUCCGCCCGUAAGCAGCAGCACCGGUAGGGACGCAGCCUACCAGAAUCCGCUCGUGUUGGGCAACAGUGGACGCGCUGAUCAGUACGGAGGGGCCUUGGUACGCUCCGUCAGCGGCUCCUACUCCAGUCCUUACGCUGCCUAUAUGAGUCCGGACAUGGCUACCUCCUGGACUCCCGGCCAUUUCGAUGGUGGCAUGAUCAGUCUUCAAGGGCGACAAGGAGCUUUGACGGGAAGACGGUCCAGUCUAGACAUGCUCGAGGAGCUGCCUGGCGAAGGCCGCGAGUGUGUGAACUGCGGUUCUAUCUCUACCCCACUAUGGAGGCGAGACGGAACCGGUCAUUACCUGUGUAACGCGUGUGGCCUCUAUCACAAGAUGAACGGAAUCAACCGUCCUCUCAUCAAACCCCAAAAACGUCUGCAGACGACGUCUCGGCGAGCCGGUUUGUGUUGUACUAACUGCCACACUAGCACCACGACGCUAUGGCGGAGGAACGCGGAGGGAGAGCCCGUAUGCAACGCCUGCGGCCUCUACAUGAAGCUUCAUGGGGUACCUAGACCACUAGCCAUGAAGAAAGAGAGCAUUCAGACAAGGAAACGCAAACCCAAGAUGCCCAAAACCAAGACCUCGUCAGGUUCUUCCGUGUCAGGCACUACCUCUCCCACUUCCCAGCCCAUUUCAGAGAAUGCUUCCACAAUAAAGAGUGAACCCAGCAUUGCAGCCUCACCAUACGCUGGUCAGACGGUUGUCUCAGUCACACAGGCCUCGACACACCUCGGCAGCACAAGCUCUGGCCCUGCAGACAUCAAAUAUGAGGACUACGCCUUCUCCCCCACGUCCAUCGGACCACAGAACUCCUGGUGUGCCUUAACGCAAGCGUGACACAGUCAUACAUAAACAGACAAAGAAAGAAACAAUUUAAAAAAUCAUCCCAAGUGCAAUCUAGCAAAAGACUUUUGACGAGAACUACCUAUCCCAUCGCCGCCUUUGACGUACAAAAACAGAGCCCCGCCGUUACUGCCCCUCGACGGGCGCGUAUGGACUGAGAGUUUGUCCAGAGUGUACCCAGUGCUGCGGUGCAUUUUGUUGUAGUGCGCCGUGUGUCUGUAUGCGAUGUCAUACGAGUUCACAUCGGUGGCGUUUCACAGAGAUAAAGCAAGUGACAACUCAGCAAACUGUCGCAGCGCUUUUUAUACCAACAAUCGGAGGACCAUAAAAGUAAAAAUAAAUAAGUAAAAAUGCACAGGUUUUUUUUUGUUUUUUUGUUUUUUGGAAACUUCUAAACAUUUAAUUCCUCAACAGAUGACUGUCUUAUGCUUAUUUAUGUUGAGAUAUGAACAGCCUGGACACAUUAAGCUAUCCAGUGAUUUAUAUACAAACACACAUAUAUAUAUAUAUAUAUAUAUAUAUUUUUAUGGUCAUAAUGACUUUGGGGACAUUUGAUGACACCUGCCUUUUUUAGACUGUUUAAAGUUUCCUUAUUGCCUCUAAUCAUUCGAAGUGCUAUUAGUGAUUUGUCCGGUAACCUCAAGUGCAAUGACAAAAAGUUAAGAGACUUUUGAAACGUUUAAUUAUUUUUAAGAUUUUGUUUUGUCCAAAUAUAUUAAUCCUAAUUUUAUUUUACUGUAUUUUGUUGAUAUGUAAGGGAAUUAUAUAAUUGUUUAAUUGGAAUAUAAAACUGUAUCAAAUAA